GUCAAUGUCCGGGUCACGACCAUGGACGCCGAGCUGGAGUUUGCCAUUCAGCCCGCCACCACCGGCCGCCAACUCUUUGAUCAGGUGGUCAAGACCAUCGGACUUCGUGAAGUUUGGUAUUUUGGCCUGCAGUUUAUCGACUCGAAGAAUCUGGUUUCUUGGCUCAAAAUGAACAAGAAGGUGGUGUCCCAAGACGUUCGCAAGGAGGAUCCAUUGCAGUUUAAAUUCCGGGUCAAGUUUUAUCCCGAAGACGUGUCAGAGGAGCUGGUCCAAGAUGUCACACAACGCCUCUUCUUCUUGCAAGUCAAAGAGGCCGUCCUCAACGAGGACGUGUAUGCGCCACCCGAAACCUCUGUCCUUCUGAGCUCCUACGCCGUUCAAGCGAAAUACGGCGACUACACCCCCGAAAUCCAUCGCGCUGGCUUUCUCGCACACGAGCGUCUUUUGCCUCCCCGCGUACUGGAACAGCAUCGCAUGACAAAAUCCGAGUGGGAAGGUCGCAUCACCGCCUGGUACUCGGAGCACCGAGGAAUGCUGCGCGAGGACGCCAUGUUGGAGUUUCUCAAAGUGGCGCAAGAGCUUGAAAUGUACGGCGUCAAUUAUUUUGCCAUCAAAAAUCGCAAGGGCACCGACCUUUGGCUGGGCGUUGAUGCUCUGGGUCUCAACGUCUACGAAAAGGAUGAUCGCCUCACGCCCAAGGUUGGCUUUCCCUGGAGCGAGAUUCGCAACAUCUCUUUCUCCGACAAAAAGUUUAUCAUCAAGCCGAUCGACAAGAAAGCGCCGGACUUUAUCUUUCUGGCUACGCGGCUGCGCAUCAACAAACGCAUCCUGGCGCUGUGCAUGGGUAAUCACGAACUGUACAUGCGCCGGCGUCGCCCGGACAGCAUCGAGGUGCAGCAGAUGAAGGCGCAGGCCCGGGAGGAAAAGGCCAUUAAGCAUGCAGAACGCGCACGUCUGGCACGGGAAAAGACUGCCCGCGUCGAAGCUGAGCGUCGACAGUCGGAGAUGGCUGUGCGCCUGAAGCAGUACGAGGACGAAUUCAAGCAAACCAUGGCGGCCCUGCAAGAGUCGGAGGAUCGCUCCAAGAAGCUGGCCGGCAAGUUGGAGGACAUGCAAACUGAGGCCAUCCGCCAACAGCGCGAGCACAGCCAAGCCAUGGACAGCGUGCGCGAGCUUCAAGAGCAACUCACGCGCAUGCAACAGAGCCAAAGCAACAACGCCGAAGAGCGUGAGGCCUUGGAGCGCCAGCGCGUUGAGGCUGAAUCACGGGCUCAACGCAUUCGCGACGAAGCCACGCAGCGUGACGCCGAGGUUCAGGCUCUCAAGACGCAGUUGGUCAAGGCCCAGGAGGAACAGGCCGCCAACACACGCCGCCUCAUGGCUGCCUCGGCUGCCCCCAACCUCGAAGCAUCGGAGACGGACGACGUGGUGGAGACUAGCCAAUUUUCGGCUGAGCUGUCUCAUGCCACGCUCGCUGCCGCCGGCCGUAACUGGACAUCAACGGCUGUCGAUCGUGAUGCCGUGCUGCAACGUUCGCAACGAAUCCGCGAUCAAUUGGCCAUGCUGGGUCGCGAUCUCGAUGCUGCCCGUGACCCCACCAAAGUCACAAGCUUUGACCGACUGCAUUCAGACAACGUGGUUCACGGUCGGGACAAGUUCAAGACUCUUCAGAAAAUUCGUAGUGGCAACGUGCGUCAGCGCAUCUUGGAGUUUGAGGAUAUGUAAACGGUCGCGCUGUUCCUAGAUGUUUUGGCCUGAGCCCCUGGCUGGGCUGCUAGCCCACCUGUGCCUGCACUGUUGUGAAUACGGCAAGGUCUUAUCAUACAUACCCUCUCAGCUCUGAUGUUCUUUUUAGCUCUUCUUGUUCACAGUUUGGCUGUGCAGCUGGUGUUGUUGUUGUGGUUGUCAUUUUGUGGUGCUUCGUUGUUGUUUUCUUUGUUUGUUGUUGUAUGUGUGAAUUUGAACGACAUAAUUAUC